CUAUUGUGUUUGGUUAGAAUGACAUAAGUGUUGUCAAAUUUCUUGUAAAUAUGUAACCCAGACAAAAGUAUUCAAAUAAAAUUAUUAUAACUUUAUAUAUAUAUAUUAUAAUUCUUCGACAUAGUUUCAAAAUUUGAAAUGUAACAAAUUGAGAUAUUAAAAUAUGCUGUCCCGAGGGCUACGAACAAAUGUUUGUAAACAUUUACGUCUCCAUCUUGCUAGCUCUCCUCGUUUACUGUUAUGUAAAUCACAACGAUGAGUUCACUGCGACAGCGUCAGUUAUACAGCAGAUCUGGUCGGGGGACUGCAGGUUGUCCUGCAGACAGAGCGAGUAUAGUGGCAUCAGUGGUCUAAGCGGGUUAAGGCAGGGCGUGUUCCAGGAGUCCACUCUACUAGACCGGGACAGUCCAGGUCCCAGCGCUUGCGUCUGCGAUACUUGCCCGUGCUCGGUUUUAGAGAAAAUUCUCAUCAUUUGCAGUCCCGUUAGAAAUUUAUAUUCUCAAUUAAUAGAUCUGAUGUCCUCUUACUACUGUGAAUUUGUGACCAUGGCGACGGAUAUGUUGACGCACUUGGAACAAAUAGUAAACUGCGGUGUGGCGUGUCAGAGACAGUCACGGCUGACAUCUUUAAAAUUGGACUCCGCCGAAAACAUCAACUUUACAAAUUCUACAGCUGUGAGAAAAGAUUCGUUGAGAGUCAACAAGGAUUUAUUAAAUAUAAAACCAUCUUCAAUAUCUUUCCGAAAAAAGUCUGAAGAUGAAUUGAAGAAGAUAGAACUGCGCUCCAGCACAGGAGCUCACGACAUAGCAGCGAAGCUACCCACGGACAACCAGAAGCCUGUUUCUGAAUCAAGAGAAUCCCUCUCGUCUUCGAAAAAUUGCUCGAAGUGCGUCGAGAAGGGCAAAGUGUGUAUGAGACACUGUCCGCGCGUCAAAGAUAAAGACAAAUAAAAAUAGAUUUAAAUUUU